AUGGCUACAACUGAAUUGAACGAAUUCUGGAAGGAUAUCAUGAAAUCGGAAGAUUUAAUGACAUUAGAGAGAUAUGAAUGUGGUCCAGGACUUUGUGUCAUAAUUAAUAACAUGAAAUUCUUAAAUUCAGAAAAUCAUCUUCCAUGCGGUGGAGUAGAUCAGGCUAAUCUAAAGGAUGCAUUUGAGUCAAUUGGAUUCGUUGUCGAAGUUCAUCCAAAUUUAGAAGCUAAAAAAAUGGAAGCUGAAGUGAAAAAAUAUAGUGAGAAAGAGCACACAGGAGCCUUCUUCCUUAUAUUGCUAAGUCAUGGUGGUGAAGGUGUUGUCUAUGGUACUGAUGAAGCAGAAGUUAAAGUUCAGAAAUUAAAAGAGAAUUUCUAUAAUACAAAGUGUCAUGAUUCUCUUGUCGGUAAACCUAAAGUAUUUGUAAUCGAUGCUUGUCGUGGCAACAACAAGGAAAGAUGUACUUUGUCAAAAUCUAAACCUGGCCCAUCUUUACCUUCUAAACCCAAGAUACAGACUGAUGUUACAGUGACAGAUUCAGCUGACAUUUUGACCAUAUUUGCAUCAACACGUGGCAAUACAGCUGAUUAUGACAAUGAAGGACUGGAGAAAGGCAGUUAUUUUACAUAUUGCUUUGCACUAGUGUUAAAAAAUAUUGUUGCCCCUAAAAAUCUUAUAGAUAUAAUAAAAAUAGUGCAAAGUCAAAUUCAAAAAUUAGGACAAACUACUGAAUUUGAGUCUACUCUUACCAAGCAAUAUUAUAUCAAAAGUCGGGACAAUGACUGUGAUGACUCUGAACAAAAGAAGCAGAUGGAGAUAAUCAACCAAGAUACUAAAAUGCAAUAG